CGAACCUGGACCGCUCGAUCCGGAGACGAGCACACUGACCAUGAGGCCACCGUGCCUCCCUAUAUGGGGGGUUACUGAAUUUAUUGUGGAGGGAAGAUACUCAAAAGACUGCCGUGAGAAAUUAAGCUGGUAUCAGCCCUGUACUUGAAUGUUGAUGUUAGUUUUCUUCCGUAGCUCAGGUGCUUGAUGCAUGAUGUGGCAUGACAUUGUGUCACUUUGUACAUGUCGUGUACGGAUGUGCAGAAAAUAUUUUAUUUGAACAUAAACCUUAAUCAGGAUCAAAGUAGUUGGUCUUCUUUUAAAGUUUAAACUUCAUAGGCAUGUAUUGUGACUAACUGAAUCUUAUAUAUGAUGGAAAAACAGAUACCAGUUCCGUUGUUCAGAUGAAGGAAAACCAGAUUCAAGGCGUAAAGUAGCACGCACAUCCAGCUUUGUGAGAACUCUUCCCAGCCAGGUGUAUGAAAUAGAUGAAAAAGGAAAAUUGGUAGACCAGGCAAAGAAUGGAAUGCAGCAGAAGUCAUCACAACAAUUGGGCAAAGGACACGAAGAAUUACCCAGGGGGAGCUGGGCAUCCAGCAUUUUUGACUUGCAGUCAUGUGAUCCUGACCCACUGCUACCAUCUCUUCUUGAUCGGACUCCGCCAGAUGAGCUAGAUGCUGCAAAUGAGGAAGAACGCCAGCUCCUCAGGAUACAUUCUGUAUUUUCCAUUUAUCCUAUUCAACAGGAAGAAGGGAUAGAAAAGAGGGUUCCUGCUACUAUUCCUCAAGAGCAUUUUGGGCAGAGAAUUUUGGUCAAAUGUCUUCAACUAAAGCUUGACUUGGAAGUUGAACCAAUAUUUGCAUCAAUGGCUCUUUAUGAUGGCAGAGUGAAAAAAAAGAUAUCAGAAAAUUUUUACUUUGACAUGAACAGCGAAUGGUGCAGGAAGCUAGUCAAAGAACACACUUCUCGCACAGAUAUUUCCACUCUUAGUCGAUCAGCAGUGUUUUCCAUUACAUACCCCUCAACUGAUGUGUUUCUUGUCAUUAAGUUGGAAAAAGUUCUCCAGCAAGGUGACAUAACUGAAUGUGCAGAGCCAUACUUGAAAGAUGCAGAAAACCCUAAGCAUCGAGAGAAGAUGCGUGUGGCUGCUGUAUCAAAUUGUGAGAGGCUUGGCAAGUAUCGCAUGCCUUUUGCAUGGACUGCAAUUCAUCUUGUUGACAUCAUAAGUGGAAAACAAGCAAGCACUGAUACAGCAGCAACAGCAGCAGCAGCAACAGGCCCUUCACAGGAAAAAGAGACAACUCCAGCAGGAACUCCAGCUAGGAAGCAAUCUGGUAUUGUAGAAACACCCCCUGUUGUGCCACGAAGUAGCAAGCGCAAGGACAGUGAAAGUGUUUCCAGCCGAAGUUCGCUAAUUGAGGCACGCAAGUCAAUUCAUCUGUUAGAUGGCAGUGAACUAGAAGUGGUCCCAGACUUGACGAACUUUAGACCUGUCACACUCACUGUCAGUAGUUUUUUCAAACAGGAAUCAGAUAAAUUGAAAGACGAAGAUCUGUACAAAUUCUUAGCUGACCUGAAAAGACCUUCUUCAGUAUUAAAACGCCUUAAAUGCAUUCCAGGGACACUGAAGCUUGAUAUCUCUCCUCCGGGAGAAAAACCACCAUACUGCCUAACAUCUGAGUUGCAUCAGGUAUUGAACAAAAUAAAUUUAUAUCGCAAAAAUGAAUUUUAGUACUAAAAGGUACUCUUUUGAAGAAAAAAAGA